UCCACCACCAACUUCUACGAGCUGUCUCAGUCCUUUAGCUUCUCUGAUAUCAUCGUCAUAGUAACAUACUUCCUCCUCAACCUGGCUGUCGGCAUCUGGUCAUCAUGCAGAGUAAGCAGGAACACACUGAGCGGCUACUUCUUGGCUGGACGAGACAUGGCCUGGUGGCCUAUUGGGGCUUCAUUGUUUGCCAGUUCAGAGGGCUCAGGCCUGUUCAUUGGCCUGGCCGGGACAGGAGCUGCUGGGGGCAUCGCUGUCGCUGGCUUUGAAUGGAACGCCACUUAUGUGUUGCUGGCUCUGGCCUGGCUGUUUGUUCCAGUCUACAUCUCCUCAGGGAUAGUGACAAUGCCUGAGUACCUGGGCCGCCGUUUUGGAGGAGAAAGGAUCAGAACCUACCUGGCGGUUCUCUCACUCCUGUUGUCCAUCUUCACAAAAAUUUCAACUGACCUCUACUCAGGAGCCCUGUUCGUCCAAGUAUGCCUGGGAUGGAACCUCUACCUGUCCACGAUCCUCAUGCUGGUGGUCACUGCUCUCUACACAAUAGCUGGUGGUCUGGCUGCUGUCAUCUACACGGACACUCUGCAAACAUUAGUGAUGAUUGUGGGAGCAAUUAUCCUCACGAUCACUGCCUUUAACAAGAUUGGCGGCUAUAGUAACUUGGAGCGCGUUUACAGUAUGGCAGUACCAAGCAAGAUCAUUCCCAACAGUACCUGCCACUUGCCUCGUCAGGACGCAAUGCAUCUGUUCCGAGAUGCCGUCACUGGAGACUUGCCGUGGCCCGGCAUGACUUUAGGGCUCACCAUCCUUGCCACCUGGUACUGGUGCACUGAUCAGGUGAUUGUCCAACGGUCUCUUGCCGCCAAAAACAUGAGCCACGUAAAGGGAGCGUCCAUCCUAGCGGCCUAUUUGAAGAUGCUGCCCUUCAUCUUCAUCAUUCUACCAGGCAUGAUCAGCCGUGCUCUCUACCCAGACUCGGUCGGCUGCGUCGACCCAGAGGAGUGUGUGCGAGUGUGUGGAGCCGAGGUGGGAUGCUCCAACAUCGCCUUCCCCAAACUGGUCAUUGAGCUCAUGCCAAGUGGCCUCCGUGGGCUCAUGAUAGCAGUGAUGAUGGCCGCUCUGAUGUCUUCACUGACGUCCAUUUUUAACAGCAGCUCCACACUGUUCACCAUGGACAUAUGGAAGAAACACCGACCACGAGCCUCAGAGAGAGAGCUGCUUUUGGUUGGCAGGAUCGUGACGGUGAUCCUGGUGGUGAUAAGCGUGGUGUGGAUCCCCAUCUUACAGUCCGCCAACAGUGGCCAGCUGUAUGUUUACAUUCAGUCCGUGACGAGCUACCUUGCUCCACCUGUCACGGCCGUCUUCACCCUGGCUGUCUUCUGGAGGAGAACCAAUGAGCAGGGUGCAUUCUGGGGCCUCAUGGUAGGUUUGGUGGUGGGGGUGUGCAGAAUGGUGCUGGAGUUUGCCUUCCCCCCUGCCAGAUGCGGCGUUGUGGACUCAGCGCCUGCAGUCCUGCGCAGCGUCCACUACCUUCAUUUUGCCAUCCUGCUUUGCGGACUCACUGCCAUCGUGGUCAUCAUUGUAUCGCUGCUAACACCUCCACCGGGUCACGAGCAGGUAAGGAACCUGACUUGGUGGACUCUGACCGAGGAGCCUCCCAGAGAAAUCGCUCUACAGAAAGUGUCCUCUGUCAGCCGCCGUAGUUCUCCAGACUCUGAGCCAGCAGGUCCGAUGACUUGCAGUCAGGGACUCAGAUUGUGCGUCUCAGCAGUUCAGAGCUCACAGCAGUCAUAUCCCAGGGUUCCAAGCGUCAGAGAGAGCGUGUUCUGGUCGAGGUUCUGCUGCAUGAACGCCCUCCUGCUGGUCAGCGUUAACAUUUUUCUCUACGCAUACUUCGCCUGAGCUGAGUGGACAUCCUGCCCCGCCCGAUCCUGCUGAGCAACAGCCAAUAUCUCCGACAGGAACCACAAACUAUGCCCCCACCCCCGGCCAGAUAGGGGGAGGGGAAGCAAAGUCUUGUUUUUGUUCACACAAGUCUUAUGAAGGGAGAGUUCAGGUUCAUUUAAAUGUAAAAUUCUUGGAAAGAAACUCUCACCCAAUAUACACGAUUGCAACAAUCUGACAAAAAUGUUAUUUUUAUCCAUUUUAAUAUAUUAGUCACUUUUUUCUUUAUAGUUUAAUUGUUGAAUUUUCAUUUGAAUCUGACUUGCAUCCCAGCUGAUUCCUGGUGGAAUACACUGUGGUUUGUUUUUAUGUUUUACUUGUGUGUAUAGUACACUGAUCUCAUAAUUAUACAGUAUAGUACAUGGUAUACAUAAUUAUAAAGUGUUAGGGGGGUUCACACAUGCAGUGUGUUAAAAUGUGAAGAAAUUGAAGUUAGUGUUGCAUGUGUGUGUCAUGACUCCCAACAAAUGUCAUGUGAGGUUUUAAUUGAAUUUUUAUGUUUUUAUCAUCUUAUUAAAGAUUUGUAUGUGCUCCUCUCACCUCCAUGAAACCUGUUUUUGUAAAAUAUGGGUGCACAUAGAGCAAGACAUUGUGAACAUUAUUAAAC